AUGAAGCCUGCUUCAAUUCUCCUUCUCGCCGCUGCUGGGCUUUCAUCCGCUCUGCCGGCCAUGUCUGGUACCGCCAAAACCGGUGUCCAGGCCCGGGACAGCCGAUCUCUCUUUGGCCAUGCCAUCAAUGCCAUUGCUGCCCGUAACUUGGUCCCUCUCAACGCCAACACGGCUGCUCCCCCUCCUGCGGCUGAUCCCGCCGCCGACAAGAAGGAGGCCCCUGCUGCUGCUCCUCCUGCCGCUACUCCUACGGACAAGAAGGUUGGCGAUGACAAGAAGGCCGGUGAUGCCAAGGCCACUGACAAGGCCGGUGAUGCUAAGGCUACUGAUGCCGCGGCGACCACCACUGCCGCUGCUGUCACCACCACUGCUGCUGCCACCGAUGCCGCCGCCACCGAAGCUGCUACCACAACCACCGCCGCCCCGGCCAUCGAGACCACCUCCGUCGCCGUCGGCAACGGAACCGCCUCCGACAACGGCAAGGGCAAGGGUAACGGCAAGGACAACGGCAAGGGCAAGAACCAGGGCCAAGGCAAGGGAAAGCAUAACAACAACAACAACAAUGACAACAACGGCAACAACGCUCUCAGCGCAGCCAUCGCCGGCGCCCUCAACACUCUCGGCCUCGACGGCGUCCUGGACGCCAGCUCCCUGGACAAGCUGAGCGUCGGCAACCAGAUCUCGCUGCUGGCCCAGAUCGUUUCCCUGCAGACCAUGAAGGACCUGCAGAUGGUUGGCGGACAGGACAUUGUUAUUGUGUUGAACCAGGGCUUUAAGAGCAAUGGGCUCAAUGUCAUUAUCAACGCGUAA